AUGAGAUCGUCUCCCCGUUUAGCCAUGUCCAUGUGGGAUAAUCCUGCAUUUGAACACAACCCCCUCACCCGCUACUGGAAGCGCAUGAUGAAGCGCAGCGGUGAGACGCUUACUUCUCAUAGUAUUCCUCGACACAUACAUGGGUAUAUCGAGUCAUCGAAUCCUCGCACAGAGUGCCUCGUCAGGUGGUUUCCCUACAAGCAGCAGAUGACUGUGGAUGGCCGCUACGUACCAACCCUCGGUGACAUUAUCUACACGCAUUACUUCCCAAAGCAGCUUGACGACGACCAACGGGUUAAGUACGUCGCUUUGAAGACUAACAGGUCUGAGUUGGAGGUUGCGGAGGAGCUCUUUCUAAUGCGCAAGAUGAAGCUGUUUGUCUCACAAUUACUUCGGAACAAGCUGCAAAAUAGGCCUUUGAGAAUGCCGGAUGGAGUUGACUAUUCGGGCAUCGAACGUCGCUACACGCUUGGCAUCGCCAAAGUGGCGCAAGCAAUGGGUAUGAGCAUGUACCGCUCGCAGUCGUACGACCCCACUGUAGUAUAUUCGCCUUAUUUAGAUUUUGGUGAUUGUAUUGACUGCGUCUGCACUAAGCAGCUGCGGACUUCGAGCCAGUAUUUGCUUUGCGAAGUCGCUGUGCAUCGUGGCAUUGCACGGAGCCGUUUGACUGACGUGACAGAAGAUCCAAAGGAACCCCUAUCGCACCUUGAACCAUCUCUCUACGAGUUCGUCAAGUUGAGACUGGGUAUACUCGCGGUUGCAGCAAAACAGGAGCAUUAUGUUGUCGACCACAUGUUUGACGGGGGACAUAGGUACGGCGGGUGCCUAAUCCAUCUCUUCCCUUCCCCACUCGAUCCAGAAAUCAUCGAUCAUGAGGUUGAGCAUAUUGAGCUGGAUCUUGAUCUGGCGCGGCGCUGGAUGAAACACUACUACGACCACUACGUCGCUCCCAGGCGAUCGGGGCUUGCAUAG